AUGUUUCUCGCACCGGACGGGGUGAAGCCGUUCGAUCUGUCACUGGGCUGUGUCUUCGGUUCCGGCCUCCAACCCGGACAGUCGGACAAUCUCCUAUUGAAUCGCCUCCUUUAUCUGGCGGCCACUGGCUAUGGACUGAGGAAACGAAGUUUCAACACCACGAGUGAAACCCUUAGUGUCUCCUCCAAAAGGCCAAGAGUGGAAGGAAUGCCCAUGGCGUCCUACGUUCUUCCAUCUCGAGUGCUGCAUAUUCGUGGACUGCCUGCGGAUACGACAGAAAUCGAGAUCGUUAAAUUAGCAAUGCCGUUUGGACCGAUCGCAAAUUUCGUCCUCACAAAGAAAACAGGGCAGGCCCUGAUAGAAAUGACCUCAGUUGAAGUAGCAGCAAAGAUGUUGGAGUACUACCAAUUCUACCCACCACUCUUUCGCGGAGGUGAGGAGUCAGCGAUCCUACAGUUCUCGAAGUACCAGAGCCUCGAACUUACUGGUAUCAGUCGAUCUGUCUCCGAGGCCAUUGCCAUGGCGAACGAGCACUUCCUGCACUGUGUGGCGGAGAAUCCGACGCGACCACGUGUUCUCCGCGUCUUCCUCGAACCCACGCCACACAACCAACUCAACUACAUGGACUACUUCAAGCGGCCCAAGACUUCUUGGAAGACGAAAGAAGACAUAACACCGGAGCAGAAUAUGUACUGUCGACGUACAGUAGGUCUUGGCGAUCCCGGCAUGGCCCAGAGGUCAGGCCACCCGGAGGAGAUCUUCUACCGCUAUGGGGCAAUUUUGCGAAUAAUCGUGUUUAAGAUGUCCGGGCGCAGUCAGGCCUUCGUGGAGUUCCAUUCGCCCAUUUCUGCACACGCGGCCCUACUGGAUAGUAAUGCUACUGCUUAUGUGAGUCACGAGUUUGAUUCCCUGGUGAAAUCUGUAAUGACGGUGCAAAGAGGCAAUCAGGAGCAUUUCCAAGGAACUGCGGUGUUGAUUAUCCUAGGCAUAAGAGAGGUUGUUGAAAAGGUCGAGGGUUAUUCCGACCUCCUGCUUGCCAUGGGUGAUAGCAACGACACUGAACAUAAUCUGGAAAUGGUGUUUAUGGCAUUAGCACCUAGAGUCAUUCCACACAAGGCGCUCCGACGUGGCGGAAGGUUUAUUACUGGCGUGGUGGCGAAGGCGGUGAAUGGACAAGUGCUUCCCCUGUACGCGGCAACCAUGCGCAUUGAGUUCUCGCGACAAACCUCCUUGGAGUUGCGUCAGGAUGACAACACUAGUCGGGACUUCGUUGCACAGCCGCUAUCAUCCCAGGAGGAACAAGAUCUUAUCAAAGCCCUGACCCCACUGUAG